AUGCCGCCUAAAGCAAGUGGAAAAGCAGCCAAGAAGGCAGGAAAAGCACAAAAGAAUAUCGCCAAAACCGAUAAGAAGAAGAAGCGCAGGAGGAAGGAGAGUUAUGCCAUUUACAUUUACAAAGUGCUGAAACAAGUUCAUCCUGACACUGGUAUAUCUAGUAAGGCGAUGAGCAUUAUGAACAGCUUCGUCAACGAUAUUUUCGAACGUAUCGCCGCAGAAGCUUCUCGCCUCGCUCAUUACAACAAACGUUCGACUAUCACGAGUAGGGAAAUCCAGACGGCAGUGCGACUUCUGCUUCCCGGUGAAUUGGCCAAGCACGCUGUGAGUGAAGGCACCAAAGCUGUUACCAAAUAUACCAGUUCCAAAUAA